CACGAGGGAUUUGCCGCCUUAAGCUGCAGCAGCUGCAGCGGCGGCGGUGGGAAGAGGGGUGGAGGGUGGUGAGGAGGGCCGGAGCCCGGGCCAGGAGGGAGAGAGGGAGGGGAGCCGGGAGGCUGUGCUAGGCGAGCUGGAGGGGUGCUCCGCGCUUCCCCGCCCUCCUUCCGGGAGCAAGGAUGCAGACUCUGAAACUGGUGCUGCUGGGCUGAGGCGAAGGCAGGGGAGUUGCAGCGCGCGAGGCUCCGUGAGUGUGUCUCCUGCGCGCAGAGAGGCGGGGGGAGGCGGAGGACCAGGAGGAGGAGGAGGAGGAGGAAGAGGAGGGGGAGAAUGCCCGGAGCCGCCGCCGCUGCCGCCGCCGCCGCGAUGCUCCCGGCUCAGGAGGCUGCCAAGCUGUACCACACCAACUAUGUGCGGAACUCGCGAGCAAUCGGCGUGCUGUGGGCCAUCUUCACCAUCUGCUUUGCCAUCGUCAACGUGGUGUGCUUCAUCCAGCCCUACUGGAUAGGCGACGGCGUGGACACCCCGCAAGCCGGCUAUUUCGGGCUCUUCCACUACUGCAUCGGCAACGGCUUCUCCCGGGAGCUGACCUGCAGGGGCAGCUUCACGGACUUCUCCACGCUGCCCUCGGGCGCCUUUAAAGCCGCCUCCUUCUUUAUCGGCCUCUCCAUGAUGCUCAUCAUUGCCUGCAUCGUUUGCUUUACCCUCUUCUUCUUCUGCAACACGGCCACUGUGUACAAGAUAUGUGCCUGGAUGCAGCUCACCUCCGCUGCCUGCCUUGUGCUUGGCUGUAUGAUUUUCCCUGAUGGCUGGGACUCAGAUGAAGUAAAAAGGAUGUGUGGAGAAAAGACAGACAAGUAUACUCUUGGGGCUUGCUCAGUCCGCUGGGCAUAUAUCCUGGCUAUAAUUGGAAUUUUGGAUGCCCUGAUCCUCUCAUUUCUAGCAUUUGUGCUUGGUAAUCGACAAGACAGCUUGAUGGCAGAGGAGCUGAAGGCAGAAAACAAAGAUGAUGGAAAUGCUUAAGGCAAACUAAGGUAGUGUGAGACCACACCAUUUCUGCUAAGCCAAUAUUCUCUAGAAUGAGCACAAAACAAAUCGAAUAACAGCUAAACAAAUCGAAUAACAGCUUUUGUACAUCAACAUCAAGAAGGAAUACACCUGAGAUCAGAGUAUAUAGAUGAAUUUGAACAAGAAUGGAACAUUCACUUGUCAACGCACUUUCUAAAUCUAGAUCAGCAGAGAUGGGAGUGAUUUUCUGGAAAGAGAUGUGAUCAUGGAUUAAACACCAGCUCAUUGGAAACUCAUUGGAUGAGAUCAGAAAACGUUCAUGAAAAAUCAUAUUCAGGAAAUACAUUAAGGAAGAGGAAUAUAAAUGCUCUAGAGUUAACAUGUAAAAUAUAUACGUACUGAGGUUUGUAAACUGUCCUUUUUAAAUCAAACUGAAAACAAAAAGCUUUAACCUUUCAACAGAAUUUUUAAAAAGGCAGUUAGUUCUAAAUUAUUCCUAUCUCAAUAGCCAAGAGGCUGAUCAAGCAUCAUUUAUUGAGGAAGCAUCUUAGAAAAUGCCUCUGAAUGUUUUCAUAGGAGCCGUGACCUUUGGUUCUUCAUCUCUAGCAUUCAUUUACUUCACUGUGUAAUUAGUUACAACCACUCAGUUAAGAGACGUAACACUUCAAACUUUUUACCAAGUCUGUGUUCUGUUUAAUCUGUCCAUACAAGUUAUUACUGAGAAAGUGUUUAUGCCAUAUACUAUUACUCCAUCAGGCUGUAUAUUACAGGAAGUACAUCUUUACAUCAUAGCUUCCCAAGCAACAUAGAUUUCCCUAUCUUUCAGGAAACAGCAUCAAGGAACUCUGAAAAAUGUAGAAAAAGUUCAUUUUCACCUUGGAAGCUCAUGUGUAAUAUUAUAGGCUACUAUCAAAUAAACACUUUUUUUCUAAUUCUCCCUAGUAUAUGCAUAGGAAUUUAAUAUACUUUAUAAAUAAGUAUCUAAAAUAUCUCCUAUUUUUUUCCUAUUUCUUUGCCAUACAUGCUAUCAGAAAUCCAUGUCUUCUAUUUCCCUUACUGACAGGCACUAAUUUUUAUUUUUUUUUAAAUCAUUCCAUUAAACAUAUUUCUAAAUAAUAGUAAGUGGUACUAACAAAAUAAAUAAUAAUUUAAUAGCCUUAGAAAUAAAUGACUAUAUACUUAUACAGGUUGAAAAAAACUUGGUAGGAGUAAGUUACCUUUUUGUUUACUAAUGUUGGUUUCAAAAAUACUCAGAUUCAUUUUAGUUGGCUGACAUCUGGAAGUAGUUAACAACUAACCAGUUGACUUCAACAAUCAUUUGCUCCCAGGCUUCCCCCGUCAUCACCCUCACCACAUAUCCUGCUAAUAUCCAACAACAAAGAAAUAUUUAAUAUUGAAAUAGCCCAUUGCCUGAGAAUGAACACAAGCUAAAAUGUACAUGCAAGGGUACUUAAUGGAAGCCAAACCAUGUUCUAUACCUGAGCAGAAAACAUGGACAUGUAGAAUGCUUUUAUUCAUAUAUUCAAAAUUAAGAACAAAUCAGUAUAUAUCACUAGAACAUCAGAUGGAGGAUAACACAAGAAGUGAUACAGAUCAGGGUUCACUUCUCUUACCCUCUCUCUGUUAGCACUCCCUUCCUAUUUUAGCCAAAUGUUUCUGGUACGGGCCAUCUUUUCACCAUGAAUGGCAUUAUGUUUCAAAUGGCUGAAAACAUAUUAUGGGUAUCCUCAAAGGAGUAAAACCCAAUUCACAGAGAUGUGGCUUUCCUAAAGAACCAAAUUAAGGGAAUACUUAGUAUCUACAACUAAAGUAUUAGUCAUUCUGAGGAUUAUUUGUUGCUUUAAGUAUUAGCUCCCUACUGCAUCCAUAAUAUCCUACUUACUAAAUUUAAUUACACACAACUUUUCAACAAUUCAUAUUUUAUUUGAAGGGAGGUACCUGUCUACUUUAUCUACAAUAAAAACAAAAGGUAUUGGCUUUCUCUAAUCCAUGCAAACUACAAAUUCCAUCGGGAGUCCUUCAUCACUAACAGUGGUGUGAACAAAACUAAGAAAGUACUUCCUAUCCACAUGUGAAUGUUUUAAAAAAGUUUUUGCCAUAAAACCUAAGUGUAAUUUAGCAUACCACAGUGCUCUGAAGAUGCGUCAUUGACGAUGUACCAUUUGUAUAUAGGUAAUACACAUGUAAAUCACUAAUUGUUAAUUAAAUAUAAGAAGUAGGUUUUUAUCUUUUUAAAAAACAAAAACAAAAAAAGUGACUCCCUUUCUCAUUCUGUUCUGUUGUACUGCGUCCAAAAGUUGUGUGUAAUUUUUUUAAGGUCCAAGAAAUGUAAAGAAAUUUGUUGGAAUAUCUGAAUUUCUGUAAAAAAAUAAAAAUAAAAAUAAGAUUUUGUUACUUA